AUGGCUUCUGACGGCUCCUCUGGGUGUUGCUCCUCUGAGCCCUGUGCAGAGGCGUCGGGCUGUGCAGCUGCCUCACCCUGUCUCACCAACACAACUUGUCUCCCCAGCACCUGUGCCACAUCCAGAUGUCAGACCCCGAGCUUCCUCUGCAGGGCUCACGUCCCAGCCGGUCGCCUCUCACCUUGCUACUUCGCUAGUAACAGUCCAUGCCUGGUGGGGAGCUGUGCAUGGUGUGAGGAAGGGGCAUUCAAUAGCAAUGAGAAGGAGACGAUGCAGUUCCUGAAUGACAGACUGGCCAGCUACCUGGAAAGGGUGAGAAGCCUGGAGGAGAACAAUGCCGAGCUGGAAUGCAGGAUCCGAGAGCAAUGCGAGCCGGAUGCCCCACUGGUGUGCCCAGAUUAUCAGCGUUUCUUCGACACCAUUGAAGAACUCCAGCAAAAGAUACUGUGCACAAAGGCAGAGAACUCUAGACUUGCCGUACAGGUGGACAACUGCAAACUGGCUGCCGAUGACUUCAGGUCUAAGUAUGAGAGUGAACUGUCUCUUCGGCAACUGGUGGAGAAUGACAUCAGUGGCCUUCGUGGGAUCCUGGGUGAACUGACCCUGUGCAAGUCAGAUCUGGAAGCCCAUGUGGAGUCCCUGAAAGGUGAUCUCCUUUGCCUUAAGAAAAGCCAUGAAGAGGAGGUCAACUUGCUUCGUGGGCAGCUUGGAGAUCGGCUCAGUGUGGAGCUGGACACUGCCCCCACUGUGGACCUCAACAAGGUCCUGGAUGAGAUGCGAUGUCAAUAUGAGAGGGUGCUGGCCAACAACCGUAGGGAUGCGGAGGAGUGGUUCACCGCACAGACAGAAGAGCUAAACCAGCAGCAGAUGUCCAGUGCCGAGCAGCUGCAGGGCUGCCAGACCGAGAUGCUGGAGCUGAAGCGUACAGCCAACACUCUGGAAAUUGAGCUCCAGGCACAGCAAACCCUGACAGAAUCUCUGGAAUGUACUGUGGCGGAAACUGAGGCCCAGUACAGCACGCAGCUGGCCCAGAUGCAGUGCCUCAUUGACAGCGUGGAGCACCAACUGGCUGAGAUCCGCUGUGACCUGGAGCGUCAGAACCAGGAGUACCAGGUGCUGCUGGACAUCCGGGCCCGGCUGGAGUGUGAGAUCAACACGUACAGGGGCCUGCUGGAGAGCGAGGACAGCAGACUCCCCUGCAAUCCAUGUUCUACAGCACCCACGUCAAACAGCACGUGUGAGCCGUGUUCAGCCUAUGUGAUUUGCACAGUUGAAAACUGUUGUGCUUGAGUAUUAACUCUCCAGCAAGAUGGAUGGAGAUUGGUGUCGGUGCUCAAGAAGGAAGACCAACCGCAACCAGGCCACACUCAUUCUGGAAACAGAUCCACUGGGAGUCAGAACCUCAACUGGGCACACCCAGUACAGAAACAAGGAUCCACCCAGCUCACAGAGCCUGAAAAUCUGCACUAAGCGUCCUGAGUCUGUUGAUUUUGUCUUCUGCCUUAAGCAGGCUUGUGGUAUUCUAUAAACCCAUAAAGCAUUCUUGUUAAUCUCCAAAUAAAACUUGUCUCAUUUCCUUAGAAUGGUAAA